GCACAAACCACGAUCUGAUAAGCAGCCGGCUUUGGGAACCGGGCAGUGCCACAUGGCACCGUGACUCGGGCAGCGCCGCUCGGGCAGGGGCUCCCCACGCUCCUUGGCUCGCAGCGCUCGUCCCUGCCAGCGUGCGCCUGGCGGGAGCUUCCCAUGAAGCCAGAGCUGCGGUUCCCCAGCCCGUCCUGGGAAUCGCUGCUCGGCGGGGUCAGGCCCGAUGAGGCAGGUGGGGAUGAGACGCGCGAGUGUCUCUGCCAGCCUGAGGACAGGGGAUCGCUGCGGGUGCUGCCGGGCGCUGGCGGAAGGGGACGUCCACAUCCCCUUCGCACAGGACAGCCUGGUGAAGCAGUGGAGCUCCAUGCAGAAUGUGAUAGACAGAAGCCAGGAGAAAAGUAAGACUCCCAUCCAAAGGAACAAGUACUUGCUCAACAUUAACGUGGGUGGCAAAUUGUUCCAGAUAGCCUACAAGGUAGCGGCCCGCUAUCCCAUCACCCGGCUGGGGAAGCUGGCCCUUUAUACAGACCCGAUGAAGAAGCUGCAGCUCUGUGAUGACUACUCGGUGCAGAAGAACGAGUACUUCUUCGACAGAGAUCCUUCAAUUUUCCACUAUAUCUUCCACUUCUACCGCAGUGGAGUCCUGUGGAUAAUGGAUGAGAUGUGCCCCAGCAACUUCGUGGAGGAAAUCGAGUACUGGGGAAUCCAUCUGAAGUACUCCCAACACUGCUGCCGGAUCCUGUUUGAGGAAAAGCGAGAUGAAGUCAGUGAGUACCUGAAAAUACAGAAGGAGCUGGAGGCAGAACUGGAGCCCCUGGACUCGGUGGAGCAGUUUGAGGGCAAGUUUCUGGGAUGGUUUCGGAAGAUGAUCUGGAACCUCAUCGAGAACCCGUACUCUUCUGUGGCAGCCAAGAUCAUUGCUGUUAUGUCGAGCUUCUUUGUGCUUAUCUCCAUCGUGGGCAUGACACUGAGCACAGUGGAGGAGAUGAAACACAAGACGGGGAAGAUGUGGAUGGAGCAGCUGGAGAUGAUCUGUGCCAUCUUCUUCACCUCCGAAUACCUCAUGCGACUCAUAUCCUCCUCCAGCUUCAAGAACUUCUUGCGGGCAGCGUUCAAUGCUGUAGACCUGGUGGCCAUCCUGCCCUUCUACAUCCAGAUCCUCUUUGAAAAUCUGGAAGAUGGAGACAUGCUUUACCACGAGGAACUGCACAAGGUGGAGAAUGUGAGCAAGCUGGGCAAAGUCCUCAAGCUCAUCAAGCUCAUGAGGAUUUUCCGCAUCCUCAAGCUGGCGCGCCACUCCACCGGCCUCCGGGCCUUCGGCUUCACCAUGCGCCAGUGCUACCAGCAGGUUUGCUGCCUCUUCCUCUUCAUCGCCAUGGGGGUCUUCACCUUCUCUGCUCUCAUGCACUCAGUGGAACACGAUGUCCCAGGCACCAACUUCACCAGUAUCCCCUACACAUGGUGGUGGGCAGCGGUCAGCCUCUCCACUGUGGGCUACGGAGACACGGUGCCUGACACGGUGCUCGGCAGGAUGGUGGCAUUCGCCUGCAUCUCCUUCGGCAUCAUCCUCGACGGCAUGCCCAUCUCCGUCCUCUACAACAAGUUUUCUGACUACUAUGCCAAGCUGAAGGCCCACGAGAAUGAGAUCAGCCGCUCGCUCAAGCUGUCCAGGAGGAUCUGCCUGAAAAAGCGAGUCCUGCAAAAGCUGUCGGAGUGCUGCGGGGCCAACCCCCGCUGUCACCACUGACCCUUCGCCCCCCGGACACCCCUUCCACCGUGAUGCAUCCUGGCGGUCCCUGGGGCAGGUCCUGUCCCCCACGACUCGGGCACCGAGCAGCAAGUCACAGCAGCAUCAGGGGGGUCUGUACAGGUGCCGCCGCCAGCUCAGGCUGUUUGGAGGGAUGAAACGUGCCGGUGACUGUGCUGUGACCUUCCUCAUUGCGUGCUGGGCCCCGUUGUCCCACAGGGCCGUCAGUAAAGUACCAGCUAAAGAGCAUGGCAGGACAUCUGGCGGUGGUGGUCUGGGGCAGGGGGCACCCCGAGGGCACAGGAGUGCGCAGGGGGGUGCUGGGUUUAUGUGUUCUGGGAGGGCGGAGGAGGCAUCUUCAGUGGUGGCCCCCGUGAGGAGCUUCUUGAGCUCCCCUGGCUCCAAGCUGGCCAAGGCUGAGCCAGCGGCUGCACCUCUGUGACAGCGGAUUUACGGAGGGGAACUGGAGGAGGAGCGGGAGCUGCGAGGAGGAGCUACGAGGGAGACACCUCUGCAGACCCCGAGGUCAGCGGAAGGC